AAUCUUACCGUGUCUGUAUGCGCAAGAUGCAUAAAUAAAACAAAAUUCUCCUGGCUUUCUCUCCCUUUUAUCAUUGCUCUUUUUUUUUUCUCUUCUUUCUUGUUUGUCCCAACUGUAAAAGACACACAGCACAUAAUGUCAUCAUCAAACGAGAGUGCGCGCUAUGCUGCUGACGCGCGCAAACAGCCUGUCGGCCUAGAAGACAAGGCCGGAGACCAAUGGCACAAGGAUAUGGAAAGCACACACUGCAACGUCCGCACACGAGGCUACCUGCCCAUUGAGAACUACGGCAUUAUCGGCAACUUGCACACGGUUGCCCUAUGCGGUACCGAUGGAUCGAUCGACUUUUGCUGCUACCCCGAAUUCGACAGCCCAAGUAUCUUUGCGAGAAUGCUCGACAAGGACAAAGGUGGCCAUUUUGCAAUUGCACCGGACUCGCACGUCAGCAACAAGCAGCAGUACAUGCCCAAGAGCAACGUGCUUGCCACGCGCUUCUUGUCGGACGAGGGUGUCGCCGAAGUUAUAGAUUACAUGCACCGUCCUGAACGCAACCAACGGCUUUCAUCCAAACCGCUGCUGCCAUGGAUUAUUCGCCGUGUGCGAAUCGUACGCGGCUCGGUCAAAUUGAAAAUGGAAUGCUACCCGGCGUUUAACUACGCCCAAGACUCGCACACGACUGAAAUGCUGCCUGUACGGCCUCUGUCAGCUGAAGGGAGGCCCAAUAUGAAACACUAUCCAGAGGAUGAGGACAACUUUAUUACGUGCCAAGACCGUGUCCAAUUUGAGUCGUCCAAGUUGAGUAUGGAUUUACGAUACAUUAUCAAGACGGGCGAGAUGCCGACGCCUAAGCUCAAGUUGAUUAUCGACGAAGAGUCGCACGCACAUGGACACAAGGGCCCGGGCGUUUAUGCCCAUUUUGAGAUGCAUGAGGGACAAGAAGCGUUCUUUAUAUUCCGCGAGGUACCGAAAUCGACCGUGGAAGGUGUCCACAAUGUCCACGACCCGCCGUUGACGCUCAGCCUCAUGGCUGCGUUGUUUCGACAGACUUUGCGUUAUUGGCAGAAAUGGAUCGAUCAGAUCAUCUACAGAGGAAGGUGGCGUGAGAAUGUGAUGCGUAGUGCAAUGGUUUUAAAGCUGCUUACAUAUGAGCCGACAGGAGCGGUGGUAGCAGCACCCACAUUUGGUAUCCCAGAAGCCAUUGGCGGUGCACGCAAUUGGGACUAUCGGUACCUGUGGGUCCGGGACUCAGCGUUCACCAUCUAUGCGUUCCUUCGACUGGGUUUCACAGAAGAGGCUUCAAAGUUUAUGCAAUUUGUAGAGGAGCGGUGCAAUGACUUGAACCCUGACGGGUCUCUCAAUAUCAUGUACAGUAUCCGUGGCGAGAAAUAUCUGGAGGAAGUCGAGCUGAACCAUCUAGAUGGCUACCGCAGCUCCAGACCUGUGCGAGUUGGUAACGGUGCAUACGACCAUCUUCAACUGGACAUUUAUGGCGAGCUCUUGGACGGUAUCUACCUGUACAACAAGUACGGCGCUCCAGUAUCGUACGAUAUGUGGUGUGCAGUGAGAAAGUUGGUUAAUUUCGUUUGCGACAACUACGCCCAGCCAGAUAUGUCAAUUUGGGAAGUUCGAGGCAAGAAGCAGAACUUUACGUAUUCACGCGUCAUGUGCUGGGUAGCCGUUGACAGAGGCCUCCGGCUGGCAGACAAGCGGAUGUUCCCCUGUCCAGACAGGGACAAAUGGCUCAAAGUUCGAGACGAGAUCUAUGAAGAGAUUCAAACAAAAUGCUGGAAUCCCAAGCUGAAGAUGUUUACCCAGAGCAUAGAGUCUCCCGAGGCUGUUGAUGCCAGCUGCUUGAUCAUGCCGCUUGUCUUCUUCAGCUCCCCUGUCGAUCCACGCAUGCUAUCGACCAUUGAACGUAUUUUGCGUCCACCCGAAAAAGGUGGAUUGGUGGCCAACAACCUAGUGUUCCGAUACAACUUCUUGACGACAGAUGACGGGCUGGGAGGACUAGAAGGGGCCUUUUCCAUGUGCACUUUCUGGCUCGUGGAAGCCAUGGCACGCGCAGGCAAAUACGACAAGAAAUAUCUGCAGAAAGCAGUGCUCAUGUUUGAGGAAAUGGUCUCGUAUUCAAAUCAUCUGGGACUUUUCUCAGAAGAAGUUGCUCGGUCGGGUGAGCUGCUUGGCAACGUCCCUCAAGCGUUCAGUCAUCUUGCUUUUAUUAGUGCUUCGUUCAACUUGGACCGUGUGCUCGGGUCUUCGUCCAGCUAAAGCAGGAGGAAUGGGAAAUGGGCAGUUGGUCUAUUGUCACUAUUACUAUAUAAUACAUGCAUAGCACUCCGUAGCAUAUAAUGUUCUAUAUUUCAUUGACGAUAUUGUUUAAAAAUAAUAAGGCCCAGCUAGCACCGGCAUUUGAAUCCUUCCUUCUGAUUGCCAUCUCUUUGGCUCAUUGAUGCUAUUUCUAUUGUUUCCUUCUUCUUUAAACCUGUGUGUACUUUA